AUGGGGCAGCCCCAAUCGCAAAUAGAUACUUUACAUGAUAGAGUCACCGCUCUCUUCGUCAGCGAGGAGCGGGGAGUUGCAGGGCGACGAAAGGGAAGGCGUAGAGGACAAAAUAAGAGGGGUAACAGACGGUACCUCUACGCCCGUACCCAGGAUAUUUACAAAAAAGAGCCAGGCAUUCUUGCCAAGCACGUCCGUAACAACGUGGACUGGCUGGAGGAACCAGGGGUAAAAGCUCCAGCCCAAGACGUGCGGGACCUGUACAAAAAGCUUUGGGGCACAAAUCCGUCGGAAGUACAGGUGCCCUUCCUGGGAGAGCCCUCCGAACCGGCACUUGGGUUAGGUACUGUGCUAACCGCCGUGACGGCGAAAGAGGUGAAUACGCGUCUCUCUCGGAUGAAAAUGUCCACAGCACCGGGUCCCGAUGGUAUUAAAAAGGGAGACAUUAAACGCGUUCCUGGUGCAAACGAAGUCCUCCAGUUAUUUUUCAAUUUAAUCAUGAUAAGCGGUAAGAUUCCUACCGCCUGGAGGAAGAACCGAACUACUUUGAUCCCUAAAGAGGGUAAGGACGGUAUGUUAGCUGAAAACUACCGUCCAAUUACAAUCUCUUCUUUAAUGUCGAGAAUUUACUUUGGCAUUAUUGACAGCAAACUUAGGGCAAAAGCACGGUUCUCACCCAGACAAAAGGGCUUCAUGAACGAAUCUGGGUGCUUCAACAACAUCCACAUCCUCAAUGAGCUGCUGAGGCACUCAAAAGCCAAGAAUGGCCUGGUCGUAACGCAGCUGGACGUGUCCAAAGCAUUUGAUACGUGCCGCACCAAGCUAUAG